AUGAAGCUGGCCCUGUUUCUGCCGUGGGCGUGCUGCUGCCUGUGCGGGUCGGCGCUGGCCACCGGCUUCCUCUACCCUUACCCGGCCGCAGCCCUGCCGCAACCGCACGCUUACCCGGAGCCGGCCGCCGGCUCCCCGGGCAGCGGCUACGCGAGCCGCCGGCACUGGUGCCAUCAUACGGUGACGCGGACCGUGUCCUGCCAGGUGCAGAACGGCUCGGAGACGGUGGUGCAACGUGUGUACCAGAGCUGCCGCUGGCCGGGGCCCUGUGCCAACCUCGUGAGUUACAGGACCCUCAUCAGGCCUACGUACCGAGUGUCUUACCGCACAGUGACAGCGCUGGAGUGGAAGUGCUGCCCUGGGUUUACGGGGAGCAACUGCGAAGAGGAAUGCAUGAACUGCACCCGGCUCAGUGACAUGAGCGAGCGGCUCACCACGCUGGAGUCCAAGGUCCUCCUCCUGGAAGCUGCCGAGCGCCCAGAGGACAGGGACAACGACCUGCCGGCCGCCCGCGGCACGGCGCCGCCCUGGGACCAGGACUUCCUGCCUGGCGCCAUCCCCCUCGCCUACCCGGGGUCCCCCAGGAGGCGGCCCACGGGCCCAGCUGGACCCCCAGGACAGACGGGACCCCCAGGCCCUGCAGGUCCCCCGGGCUCCAAAGGAGACCGAGGCCAGACAGGAGAGAAGGGCCCAGCGGGGCCUCCCGGGCUCCUGGGGCCACCCGGGCCUCGGGGACUUCCUGGAGAGACAGGGCGCCCAGGCCCCCCAGGACCCCCUGGCCCAGCCGGCCCACAAGGUGUGCUCUACUCGCUGAGGUCCACUCCUGACAGAGCCGAUGGAGACUCCCAGCUGGUCCCUGCUGUUGUGGACACCGUGCUGGCAGGAGUCCCUGGCCCCCGAGGUCCCCCUGGCCCCCCAGGCCCCCCUGGACCACACGGGCCCCCGGGACCGCCAGGAGCCCCCGGAUCCCCGGGCCUUGCGGGCGAGAGGGCCACGGCGGGGCCAUCCGGUGAACCUGCUGGGAAGGGAGACAGCGAGGAGAAAACUACCACAGAGGGCGAGGGGGUGCAGCAGCUGCGGGAGGCCCUGAAGAUCCUGGCGGAGAGGGUCCUUAUCUUGGAGCACAUGAUUGGGGUCCACGAUCCCCUGGCCUCCCCGGAGGGGGGCUCCGGCCAGGACGCCGCACUAAGAGCCAGCCUCAAGAUGAAACGGGGUGGCCCCCAGUCGGAUGGCGCCCUCGCCGCCCUGCUCGGCUCAGACCCUGGGCAGAAGCGAACCGCCGACCAGGCCAGUGGCAGGAAGUGA